UUGAUUGAUGCAUACAAAAAAGCCUACGAAUCUUUUUUUUUCGGUUUUUUUUUUUUUAAAUAUUUCUUUUUCCUUUUUCUUUCUAAAUCCUUUAUUACUCGAGCUGAAUGAAUUUAUCAAUAUUCAAGACAUUUUUAUGCUAUUAUUCUUUAUGUAUUCUAGGAUACGUUUUACAAAUACAAGCUAAAGUGACACCAUUGCAAUCAUUUGUUAGUAUUGAACAGAAAGGCCCUACUUGUGAUAGGAAUGUCCUGUCCUGUCAUUGGAAUGGAUCCAAAGUUGAUGGUUGUUGUUCUCCUCAGUAUGGUUUGGUAGUCUUUACGUUACAGUGGGUACCUGGCUAUGGUCCCAGUGAUGAAUUUACAAUUCAUGGUAUUUGGCCAGAUACUUGUAAUGGUGGACGAGCUCCUAGAAAAGGAUGUGAUGCGACUCGUAGAACAAAUAAUAUUGGACCUAUUAUUAAAUCGAUCAAUCCUUCGUUAUAUCAAAAUAUAUCAAGGUUAUGGCCAAGCUAUAAAGGAGAUAAUAAUUGGUUUUGGUCUCAUGAAUGGAAUACUCAUGGAAGUUGCGUUACAACCCUUCGACCCAAUUGUUAUGGUGAAAAAUAUACUAAAUAUCAAGAUGUGAAUGAUUAUUUCCAGAAAGCAAUUGAUCUUCAACAAGAUUAUGAUAUCUACGGUGUAUUAAAUGUGGCUGGUGUAUUUCCUGGUCGUACUUACAAUUUAGAAAAUAUGCAUAGUGUACUUCAAAAAGAAUUUGGACAUCCUGUGAAGAUUGAUUGUAAUAGAUCUGGACAACUCAAAGAAAUUAGUCUCUUUUUUUAUGUACAAGGACGUGAUGAUUACAUUUUGACAGAUGCUAUUACUAGAGGAAAUUGUAGACAUACUGUUUAUUAUCCUAAAAAAUAUUGAUAUAGAAAUUAUUUUUAUCUAUUUAUUAUUCGUUUAUCUAUGGAAAAUAAAGAUACCUUUUUUGUAUUGAUGAUCUA